UCAUCAUCAUCCGGGUUACCUUCUGGUCACAGAGGAUCCAAGAUGGCGACUCACAUGUCGAGGUGUAGAGGCUGGAGUCGUGUUCAAAGGUAUGGGAUCGCAGCUUACAGAAAGUACAGCAGUGGCAGCCGAUACCCAAACAUCUCGCUCUCUGCACCGCUGCCCGGGAUCCCGAAGCCUGUGUUUGCAUCUGUGGAUGGUCAGGAGACGUACGAGACCAGGAUCACAGUGCUAGAGAAUGGCCUUAAAGUCGCUUCCCAAAACAAGUUUGGUCAAUUCUGCACAGUUGGGAUUUUAGUAAAUUCUGGAUCCAGACAUGAAGCAAAGUACCCGAGUGGGAUAGCACACUUUGUAGAAAAACUCGCCUUUUCUUCCACAGCUCAGUAUGGGAGUAAAGAUGAAAUUCUUCUCACAUUGGAAAAACACGGAGGAAUAUGCGACUGCCAAACAUCAAGGGAUACCACCAUAUAUGCAGUGUCUGCUGAAGUGAAGGGUUUGGACACGGUGGUCAGUCUCCUCUCUGACGCUGUGCUGCAGCCUCGCUUGCUGGAUGAGGAGAUCGAGAUGACCAGAAUGGCGGUACGCUUUGAGUUAGAAGAUCUGAACAUGAGGCCGGACCCUGAACCUUUACUCACUGAGAUGAUCCACGCUGCCGCAUAUCGAGGCAACACAGUCGGGCUGCCUCGCUUCUGUCCUGCAGACACCGUGGACACGAUUGACAAGAAGGUGCUUCACAGCUACCUGAGUAACUACUACUGCCCCGAGCGCAUGGUGCUGGCUGGAGUCGGCAUCGAGCACGAGCAGCUGGUGGAAUGUGCCCGGAAAUACCUGCUGGACGCCAAGCCGGUGUGGGGGGCGAGUGCAGGGGCCAACGUGGAUCUCUCCGUAGCACAGUACACUGGGGGCAUCGUCAAGAUGGAGAAGGACAUGUCGGAUGUGAGCCUUGGACCCACCCCGAUCCCAGAGCUGACCCACAUCAUGAUCGGCCUGGAGAGCUGCUCCUUCCUGGAGGACGACUUCAUCCCCUUCGCAGUGCUCAACAUGAUGAUGGGUGGAGGUGGCUCCUUUUCAGCUGGAGGACCUGGGAAAGGAAUGUUCACCCGCCUUUACCUGAACGUGCUCAACAGACAUCAUUGGAUGUACAAUGCCACCGCUUACCAUCACAGCUAUGAGGACAGCGGUCUGCUGUGUAUCCACGCCAGUGCAGACCCCCGACAGGUGCGGGAAAUGGUGGAGAUAAUAACCAGAGAGUUCAUUCAGAUGGCUGGCAGCGCAGGAGAGAUGGAGUUGGAGAGGGCUAAGACUCAGCUCAAGUCCAUGCUGAUGAUGAACCUCGAGUCGCGGCCGGUUAUUUUUGAAGAUGUUGGUCGCCAGGUUCUCUCCACAGGGAAGAGAAAGCUGCCACAUGAGCUCUGUGACCUCAUAAGCAACGUGACAGCCAGUGACAUUAAGAGAGUAACCACCAAGAUGCUGCGCAGUAAGCCGGCGGUCGCAGCGCUGGGAGACCUGACGGAGCUCCCCUCAUACGAACACAUCCAGGCCGCCCUGUCCAGCAAAGACGGACGUCUGCCCCGCAUGUACCGCCUCUUCCGAUAGGUCCUCGUCGAGCCGGCGGCCACUGGCAGACAUCUCUGUAAAUAAACUGGACUGGAAGAUUACAGUAGUGUUCCCUCCCACCACAGAACUGACACAGCUCACUGCGGGAGGGGACUAAAACCCAAGUUCUUCACCGAAACCUCUGAGAGAGGUGAUUUUAAAGAAAAGUUACAUAUUACUAUAAGGUUACAGUAAUCCACAUACAGUGCGAGUAUCUGUAUUUAUUGUUUGUGAGCAGGAAAGCCAUAUUUCCUUAUUUACUGGGGUGUUCAUUUUAAAAUCCACAUACCAAAACGCUACACUAAAACAACAUAUUGUCAACAGAAGCGGGUGUCUAGCAUCCCAGCAGUGUCUAAACGGAUAUUUCAUCUCGCUAUGGUUUUUCUCAGCUUGCAAACCCCUCAACUCUCUGAAAUUGAGUGUAUUGAUAAGAAAACUGUUGAAAAUGUUUCCAUUUGUACGAAAGAGCUUCGUAGUCUCCCUUACCAGGCACACACAAAUGCUAAAUAGAUGAAUAAAGGAAUACUUUGAAAUGUUUAUUUAAAUAUGACACACCUGACAACUAUAGGCAAUUCUCAGAUGUGCUGUAAACCAGUGGUUCCCAAACUUUUUCAGUCGGGCCCCCCUUGGGUAAUUGGAAAUAUUUUCGGGACCCCCCAACCCAGUUCCCAUCUAUAUUGGUAGGAUUAAUUGUAUAUUGUUGUAAAAACAUUACAUUUUCUCUGCUAAUAAUAAGAAGAUACAAAGAUCCAACUAUAAUUGUAUAUUUUAUUAUGGAUUACACAUGAACAAAAGUGCUUGUAAUAGAUACUGUGAAUUCAUUUGGCCUAAUUAAAACUAGCAGGCCUUCUUCCCAGAGUAGUAGAUUUUUAAAUUCGAAUUUCUUUAAGGAAAAUAUAUGAAUGAACUGUUAUUUCUACUGCAGGUUGCAUCACUUUACCAUUCCUAUUCCACACAUAGCCUAUCAAUGACUUGUGUGUGCUUGCUUUCCCUCGCAGAUCUUCUCAAACCGGGGCUGUUGUUUUGAGACUGCCACUCUCAGUUCAUUCUCAAUGUUCAGCUUUGAUCUGUAUUUCGUUUUGAUGGCAGCAAGAAAAGCCUAUCUCACACAAGUAGGAUGUUGCAAAAGGCAGCAUUAUGCCCACAGCUCUCUGACCAAUGAGAUAUUUUCGAGCAGUGUUUGUUUGCAAUUGAAUAAUAAUACAUUUGAUUUAUAUAGCACACUUUAAAACAACGUCAUCUCAAGGUGCUUCAAAGCUAAAAGGAGAAAAUAAUCAAAUGAAAAAAUCUUCCCGCGCCCCCCCUGCAGUACCUCCGCAACCCACCAGGGUUCGCGCCCCAGUUUGAAAACCACUGCGUGUAAACAGAUUUAAAUCUAAAGUGAAACGUGUUAUUUUUUUCUAUUUUUGUGGUUGUGUUGAUGCCAUUUCAAAUAAAAAAACAAAUAAAUGAUAUUAACGGUAUAAAGAAAGGUCAGUACUACUAUAAUA